UGGUUUAAACGUCCAAAACAGCCAAUGAGCGGCAGGGAGCGUUAUUUGGUUGUAAAUAAUUUCUGUAGCGCGGUAGCACAGUUUAGUUUGUCUUCUAAUUCACGCUUGAAUAGUGGAGUGACAGUCGGGCUUGUUUCAGUGCAAACCUUUUAAUGUCAUCUGUCGCUGCCGCUCAGUAAAGAGCAGGAUGGAAAAAGAUGAGGCUCCCACUAAGCUUUCUGGACGAGAAGCGCGCAAGCAGAAGCUGAUGGAGUACCUCACCAGAAAGGGCAGGCAGAAGGCUCCCGAUCCCAGAUCAUAUCUUCAGCAGAACUCCACUAACUCUAAAAAGCUCACCGACACCUUUGUGAAGCUUCCCACUUCUAUCAGGGGAAAGGAGAACCAGUCUGACCCUCCCGGACCGAAGCCAGUUGUGACCUCAGCCCGACCUGCUAGGGGAAUCGGCAGGACUUCGCUUCAGGCUGCAUCCUACGCUGCCUCCAGUACCAGGACGUGCACAACAGCACGUCGCACACAGCACAGUCCAGCCGAUCAGCUUGCCCCUCGUCCUCACACAGUCAGAAUUCCCACUGCGUCCCACCCCAAGACUGCUAGCGACUCGAUCGGCAAUCCUGUCAGCUGUUCUGCUAGAGCCCAGUCAGACGCCCGGCAGCCAUUGGGGCGCCCGAGCACGUCCCAGCAGCCCUUGGGGCGCCCGAGCACGUCCCGGCAGCCCUUGGUGCGCCCGAGCACGUCCCGGCAGCCCUUGGUGCGCCCGAGCGCGUCCCGGCAGCCCUUGGGGCGCCCGAGCGCGUCCCGGCAGCCCUUGGGGCGCCCGAGCGCGUCCCGGCAGCCCUUGGGGCGCCCGAGCGCGUCCCGGCAGCCAUUGGGGCGCCCGAGCGCGUCCCGGCUGGCUUUGGGGUGCCCCAGUACUGCAGUUGGACGGCCAAACACCACAGUUAUGGCCCGCUUGCGUGCUAGCCAUGCUGCUCUGGUGACAUCAGGGCCCAAGGAGGCUACCUCGGCACCUAACCGCACCCCUGCUGUCCCUGGCUCCAAACUAAGCAAGCCUGACCUUGCUUUGGGGGUGAUAGGGUCGAGACCUUUAAAUGGCAGAAAGGCUCCACCUAAACCCGCUCUGCCUCGAGUCCGGCAGCCACCCGAAUCGGGUCCGGGUGCCAGACCGGGUUCCAGGGCCAGAACCACGCCCCUGGCAGGGGGACGGCAGUCCGGCCCGGCCAAAGCACGCUCCGGAGCCUCAGCUCUGCACAGAGUGGUGCAGCAGGCAGUGGCUGGGCUGGACAGGAAGAUGUGCUGGGGGGUUGUCCCCCCACAUGUUGAUGGGGCUAGAAACGGGACCCUGGCAGCGAGCAGAGCAGACCAAGUGCCUGUCACUGCUACCCCAUGGCAGGGCCGGAGAAAGCUGACCACGGCGCAGGAGGAGAGAUUGCAAAAGCUUCAUGAGUGGCGAGAGGCAAAGGGCAUCUCUUACAAGCGCCCCCCCAUGCCUAUGAAGCCUUGCAGGAAGAAAGAGGUCGCCCCUCCCUGCUACUGGCCCACCAUGGAGAAGGAGGACGAGGUCCACCGCCUUGUCUCCAGCAUCGACAGCUCGCUGACAGACUGCAUGCAGCUGCUGGAGGAGGGCUGUCCCACGGAGCGUGUGACCGAGCUGCUCUCUCGACUGCCCAUGGCUCACAAGUUCGCCAAGUACUGGAUGUGCCGGGCGCGGAUCCUGGAGCGGGAGGGGAACCUGGAGGUGCUGCCGCUGUUCGAGGAGGCUGUACGCGUGGUGCUGGAGCCCGUAGAUGAGCUGCGCACCCUGAUAUACGAGAUACUUAAGAAAAAGGAAGUUCAGACUCUAGAAGCAGAAACUGGAGAACAGACUGAUCUGCAGGACGAGGCCCAGGAGAUGUCAGGAGCCGUCCCUGUCACACCUCGAGCCACCAGCGUCCUUAUUCGGGGGGCCAAAGAGGGCUCCUCUGUGGUGAAGUACAAGAUCACAGCUACCCCAGGAGCCCAAAAGUGUCAGCAGCAGGAGCCCAUGCAUGUGGACGGUCAAGAGCUGAGAUUCUUCACCCCGGUACGGCGCUCCGUGCGUAUCGAGAGGUCCGCCCGGCGAUAUCCCUCAGCCCUGCGUGAGCACGACCCUUGUGUGGCCUCCCUCAGGGACCUGCUAGCGGACGAACUCCCUGAGGGCAGAGAGUCUCUCUACAUCUACAGAGAGAACGAGGCCCUGGGUGAUCAGGUUCAGCUGCAGUUCAGGUCACCCGAAGCUCUGUGAUCUCCAUGCUGCCCCCAUGUGGUGAUAUGAUUUUCUCAGCAUCUGCAUGCUGUCCACAUGUACAGUACAUGAUCCAACUGAGAAGCAGUCAAGGUUUUGUUUGGAUGCCACUGUCUGCUCCAGCAUUUUUAUGUGCUCUCGGUGUGUAAGAAAAAAAGUCAUUUUAGUUAUUUAUGUGUUAUGUGUAA